CUCUCUCCUUCCCAGGCUCCCUCCCCACGCCUGGCUCCCUUCUGCUGCAGCAGCGAGGAGACCUAUAUAUCAGAGCCAGCGAGGAGGUGUGUCUACUGACAUCACCCUAGAAAUACGGUGCAGCAGUGCAGGAGCAUAAAGGGGUCUGAGGGCGGGAGCACUGCACGAAGGACCUUGCCUUGGAAUCUCUUCCUCCAGAAAGGGAAGGCUGGGCGCGCAGGCAGAGACUUGGCAGCUUCCCAGGCACAUCUUUCCCUGCUCUCCCCAGCUGGCAGGGAGCCUCAGGCAGCUGCAGGCGGCAGACGGAGCCGAGACACGCCUGGCACCGAAUGGGCCGGACUGGGCAGGCAGUCACUGAGAGGACAGGAUCCCAAGCAGCAGCAUCCGGGAAGACAGAGGGCAUCCAGGCUGGCGGGCGUAGCGGGAAACAUUUGAUUGCACCCGAGCUGGGGGAGAGACGGGCGACCGCAAUCUCCUCCCCACGCACACAGCUGUUGGCGGAUGGCACUGGGAUUAUUACGGAUGGCUGGGCUGAUGGCUGCAUGCUCUUGACCCCUCGGGGCUGCCUCUGAUCCCCGCACUCCCGGAGUGGGAGGCUGGCAGCCGGAGCUGCGACUCUGGGGGUGCCCAGGGGGGAGAGUUAGAUGUUCUGGGCACAGCUCUACUGACCUCCUCUUUUCGCCCCUCACAACCCACCUCUGAUCCCAGCCCACUGCCCUUUCUCAGCCCCUCCUGAUGCCUGCUGGGCCCGGCGGAGAGCACGUGGCAUGCGAGUGACCCCUUGCUGCCAGCUUCCCGCCAUGGCCUCGUCGGACGGUUUGCAGUACCGGGCGCUCUACGAGUAUAAGAAGGGCCGGGAGGAGGACCUGGCGCUGUGCCCCGGGGACCUGGUCACCGUCAGCAAGGCGGGACUGCUGGGCGCAGCAGACUACAAGGAGGGGGAUGAGAGGAGCCCUAAGGGAUGGCUGAACGGCUUCAACGAGCGCACUAAGGAGCGGGGCGACUUCCCGGGCACCUAUGUGGAGUACCUGGGCCCUGUGAGGAUUGUGCCCAGCGCUCUCAAGGCUCGGCCCAGGCCUGUGCCCCCCACCCCCAGCAGCCAGCUGUGGGGACCUGCUGGGCAGGCCGAGGUUGCAGAGUUAAGGCUCCCCGAACAAGCACCUCUGAUUGUAAUGAGACUCAUUGAAGCUUUGGAAAAACAAGGCAUCGGCAAUGAGGCUCUUUACCGAGCCCCUCCUGGCUCCUUCAGCAACCCUGAGCUCAAACAGGCUCUUCUGACAGAUGCAGCAGCUGUAGACACGGACCCAUUUGAUGGGCAGACGUUGGCCGAGGCACUGAAGUGGUACCUCCACGAGCUCCCAUGCCCUGUGAUCCACCCGGCAAUCUACAGCGAAUUAGUCUACACUGCUCAAGAAACCCAGAGCCUGGAAGAGUGCGGCCAGCGGGUGAAGAUGGUCCUGGAGUCGCCCACCCUCCCCCAGCAGCACAGCCUCCUCCUGCAGCACCUCACUAGCCAUUUCUGCAAACUGGGUCAGAACAGCAGCAAAAACCACCUCACCCCCAAGGCCCUGGGGGAGCUCUUCGGCGACGUGCUCUUCCGCCCACUGGCGUCAAGCACGGAGGUGAACUCAGAACACCACGCGAAGAUUAUCGAGGGUCUCAUUGUGGCCGGAGGCGUGGUCGAGAUGCAAGCUGCACCCGCUCUUCCUCCAAAGCCCCCAAAACCGAUGACUCCUGUCAACACAAAUGGAAUAAAGGACAAUUCCAGUUUCUCCUUGCAGGAUGCAGAGUGGUAUUGGGGGGAUAUUUCAAGGGAGGAGGUAAAUGACAAAUUACGAGACAUGCCAGAUGGAACAUUUCUGGUGCGCGAUGCAUCAACCAAGAUGCAGGGAGACUACACUCUGACAUUGCGGAAGGGUGGCAACAACAAACUGAUAAAGAUUUAUCAUCGGGAUGGAAAAUAUGGUUUUUCUGAUCCAUUGACAUUUAACUCUGUUGUGGAGCUGAUUAACCACUACCGCCAUGAGUCUCUUGCCCAGUACAAUCCUAAGCUUGACGUGAAGCUGAUGUAUCCAGUAUCCAGGUAUCAACAGGAUCAGUUAGUGAAAGAAGAUAACAUAGAUGCAGUAGGUAAAAAGCUUCAGGAAUACCACUCUCAGUAUCAGGACAAGAGUAAAGAGUAUGACAGACUAUAUGAAGAAUACACCAGAACAUCACAGGAAAUUCAGAUGAAGAGAACUGCAAUUGAAGCAUUUAAUGAAACCAUUAAAAUAUUUGAGGAACAGUGCCACACGCAAGAGCGAUACAGCAAAGAAUACAUUGAACGAUUCCGCAGAGAGGGGAAUGAGAAGGAAAUCGAACGAAUUAUGAUGAAUUACGAGAAACUAAAAUCACGCCUGGGAGAGAUCCAUGAUAGUAAAAUGCGUCUGGAGCAGGAUUUGAAGAAACAAGCUCUGGACAAUAGGGAAAUUGAUAAGAAAAUGAAUAGCAUCAAACCUGAUCUUAUUCAGCUACGCAAGAUCAGAGAUCAGUAUCUUGUAUGGCUCAAUCACAAAGGAGUGAGGCAGAAGCGAAUAAACGACUGGCUGGGAAUCAAAAAUGAAAAUAUUGAUGAUACUUACUUCGUGAAUGAAGAAGAUGAAAACUUGCCACAUUAUGAUGAGAAAACUUGGUUUGUUGGGGAUCUCAACCGUAUCCAAGCAGAAGAUUUGCUCCGUGGGAAACCUGAUGGAGCGUUUUUAAUUCGAGAGAGUAGCAAGAAAGGAUGUUACGCUUGUUCUGUGGUAGCUGAUGGCGAAGUUAAACACUGUGUGAUCUACAGCACUCCAAGAGGUUAUGGGUUUGCAGAACCAUAUAACCUGUACAGCACACUUAAGGAAUUAGUCCUUCAUUACCAGCAAACAUCCCUCAUUCAACACAAUGAUUCCCUAAAUGUCAGGCUCGCUUAUCCUGUCUACGCACAGAUGCCCUCCUCCCUUUGCAGAUAAAUUCUGGGGAGGGGGAAAGUGUUGGCUAUCUUGGAUUCUUUUCUACAGUUUUUAUUAGAACUCUGAGGGCAUUCUUUCUCCUUAGACUGCUUGUUUUGCACAAGAAGUGAGUCUGUGAAUGUGAAUCAAAGAGGCCUAGCAGCAACAAGACGACAACUUGGGUGUAGGUGUCCUGGUGCUACCUAAAGCUCAGCUUUGCUUUUACACUGAUACUUUUUUGUUUCCCUCCUGGGGGAAUAAACUCAAUGUAAACACAUCCAAAAAACUGGAAGCAAAACAUUUUAUGGAGAUAAUUUUUUGCCAGGCACCUUCAGCAGAACUUUUAAUUGGGAUUUUUUUUUUUCUUGUUCUUGUGGAGACAAUUUUGAAGCCUCUAUUGAGGCGUCAGUAACAUCUUUCAGUCUUAAACUCCAAGAAACUAGGGGAGGAAACUCUACACAGCAAUGCUCUCUGUUAAUUUUAGCAGCUUUACUGCAAUUCAGCCGAACUUCCAAAUGAGGGCUUAUCUUGAGGAGGCGUGGAAUUUGGUGAGAGAAGACCAAAGGAAUUACGGGAAAGCUUCAGGUUAUUUAAAAGGAAAAAAAAUCCUUAUAAAGAAAAAUUGCUUUAUUUUUUACCAACAGUAACAAAGUUUUUUGGUUUCAGCGGCACUACAGGUCUUCGCUUAAAGGAAAUGUUUAUAACCAAAUUGAACCCACCAAAACUUUGUUCGUUGCUGGAUUGAGCACUUAUGGGGGAAGGUUGCAUUAGCAUCCGCAUAUACUUUCUACACCAAAACUUGAAACAAAUAAAAGGAAAAGCUAAAACUUGUUGUGUGGUUUUGAAAACUCUAAUCUGUCUGAUUUGAUGUAAUUGCUCCUCCUUCCUCUCCCCUCUUUCGUGUUUUUUUUUUCUUGGUUUUGUUUUUUGUUUUGUUGUUGUUUUGGGACACUUCUUUCCAAAUCUUUAGAUACUAUGCUUUGGAAUGUAAACCAGAAUGAAGCUGGCCACUCAUGUUUUGUUAGUUUUGUUGCUGAAUGAUGAACUAUUCUUUUGAAACCCUUGUAACUGUUUUGUAAUGUAAGUAUAAAGAAAAGGUGCAAUGCAGUGCUUCUGGAUGGCUUCUUAUACCAAAUAAUUACAUGAAGACCGGUCCUCAGAUUUUUUUCUGUUAUAAAUAGUAUGCUCAAUCAUACGACUUGUUCACCUAUGGACCAGAUUCUAAUUUCCGUUACUUCACUGAAGUCAGGUACUCAAAAUUUUAUGCUAGCAGAAUCUAGUUUCACUAUGUAUAGCCAUGUUUAGUGUUGGGCAAUAACAAAAAAUUAACCUGCAUUAUUUGUAAACACAGCAGCCAGAUAAGUAGUAGCCAAAGGAGGAAGUGGAUCUUCUGCUGUGAGACAGGCAUAGACUAUUCUAAAAACUACAGGUUCUCUUGUGCAUCUGCUGAAGCAUCUGAUACUGUCAGAUGAUGGGUAGGCAGACCCUGGGUGUGACUUGGUGCAGCAAUCCUGUGUUCCUAAAAUGCUUAAGCCAAGGAAUAAUUGCACUCGAAGAGAGAUGUAGGUUGUCCCCAUUAUAUGCUUGACUCAGUAUUUUUAUUUGCUCCUCCUGAGUCUCUACAGUGGAAAACUAAAUUAGGUAAGAGUAGCUUUGUUUGGCAACAAAGCACAAAUGGCAAAGUAAUUAUUCCGUCUGUGACCUUAGAAUUAAAUUUUUGCUAUUUUUAGUGUUAGCAUUUUGUUUCAUACCCACUGUAUGUAAAUUGCACAGGCAAGGAAACAGUCUAGUGUUAAGACACAAGCCUGCAUGUCAGGAGCCCUUGGGUCUGUUCCUGACCCUGCCACUGACUUCUUGUUUGAACUUGAACCAUCUAUAAUCCCUGCGGAAUAAUGGCAAGGUUGUUGAGGCUUAAUUAAUGUUUACAUUGAGAAAUCAAACAAAGGCACUAUAAAAUACUGUUAAGCGGAAUAUUAUUUAUUCAUGAGUAGGGCUGUGAUAGAUCUUGAGCACUGAUAAAUAAUAGUGGAAAGGGCAAUUUAGAUUGCUUGGCAUGUCCAAGCAACACUUUAUUUUGCACUAAUGUGCCACUGGUUAAACCCAGCUGCUGGUUAACCAGCUAGAAUGUGAUCUUCAAAUGAAUAAGUGUCAAGGCUUGAAAAGCCCCACAAACUGAAGCUGGUAGAUAUCUCAUGUGAGAGAAGAAUGAGACUAACACAAGGCCCCAUGCCAAAUGACCCAGUUUCCCCUGGUUGGCUACUACGUUGCUGGUAAAAUGUCUGUCCUGUUCAGUAAAAAUCUAGAUUUGGCGCUCCAGCUGUAGGUCAGAAGUGGACUUUUUUUUUUUUUUUUUUUUGUAAAAGCAACUUGCCACAUCUCUUAAGUUACCGGUAAUCCAGUGACAGCAAAGCAUCAUUCUCAUGCUUUAUCUCUUGCCCCUCCAGCAUUCUCCCUGCCACUGGUUUCAAUCUAGAUUACAUGUAGACUAGGUAGAUUUUUCAAAGGUACAGAUAGCAGUUAACUACUCUCUUGGCCUUUGAAAAUCUAUUGCAUUACAUCAUGAGUCUUCUCUCUCUUCCACUGGAAACUGGUGGAGUCAAUGGAGUUAUUCCUCAUUCUCUACUCACACUGGUGAGAAUCUACAAACUGUGAAGUGUCUUGCAAUCUGAACUGUGACAUAGGUUUUCAUAUUAACCAGCAACGGUCAGUUAUUAGACUAAAUCCUGGCUCAGUUUGUCAGCACCACUGGCAGCGGUGCAGGAAGUAGAACUACUUUUGAAGGUUUCUUGUAGUUGAAUAUCACUGAGCUUGUGAUGUGUUAGGCCAGAUUCCACUUUUGGUUAUACCUGUAUUAAUUCAGAGUAAUUCCAUUGGCUUCUGUGAAGUGACUUUGGCUUUACAGUGGGGUGUGAAUGAGCUCAGAAUCUGCCCUCCUCCCCAUUUCAUAUUUCUUCACCCUUCACAGGUGCUGCAUUGUUAUGAGCAAUACAUCCAUCCAGAAAGCUAAAAGCCAUCUAGAAGCAUUUUAAUUCUUUUUCCCCCUACAUUUCAGAUUAGGACUGUGUUCAAAUUAAAACUUUAAAGUUGCUCACUUUCUCCAUCCCUGUCUCCCUGAUGGCUCCUGAUUUGUCCAUGUGCCUUUUUGCACUUGAUUUUGGCACACGAGUUACAGCUUGCUAGCGUUUUACCCAUUUUAUGGUCACACAUGCCACUGCACACCUCCUUUUGCAUCAGUUUUUGCACUCGUGGCAAGUGAAAAAUGGGUAUAAAACCAAGUGAAAUACAUAGCAGGUAUAAUCCACUAGGGGGCCUGCUCCUGCUCCCAGUCACUGCAGGUGGCCUCAUCCUGCUCGCUCACUGGUAUAAAACCAAUGUAACCCUGUUACUCUGCACAUGACUGAAAGAGAAAUUGGAAUUAGGCUCAAUAGGUGCAGGAUUGGGCCCUAGUAUGAGCUGUUAACAAGCUUAAAUGCAUACGAGAGAACAUAAGGGCAAAGAAAGGGAAUAAAAUAUAAAAAUUUAAAAAAAAAACCCAGAAGACAGUAUGCUCGUGUGUGAAUAGAGUGCAGAAAAGUUCAAGGGUCAAAAGAUGGGGAAUUUAUGUUCAGUGUAUUGGAGCAGCCAUUUCUUACCUGACUGCAGCUAGAGUAGUACUGAUCUCACUGACCCAUGUUGUAUUAAGUAUAUAUAGAGAUUUAAAUAAAACCUUUUUUUGCACAGUAUUAAAUGGGGGAAAUGAUAUUGAGACCUUCUAAUAUGCACAGUUUCUUCUAUCUGUUUUGAAGUAUAUUUGCAGGGAACAGGGGUGAUUCAGUAUUUUGCUUUUUCACAAAUGGGGAAACCAGUUCUACUUCCACAGUUGCCAUUGUGCCCUUUGUACACACACAGCAGCUAAGAACAUCGUGUUGCUGAAGUUCCUCAACUUCCAACUCUCCUCCCAUUAGUUCCUUUACCAGUCACACGUCCUAUUGCAAACCAGUGGAGAGUGAGGGUGUUGAGAUGAGUUGGUAAGUUGCAGUUUGAGGCUGCUGCAAAGUUUUCCCAAAGAGCACAGGUGCAGUCUAAAAACAAGGGUGUCUCACUGAGUAUCUGAACCACCAUGUAAUAUAUGAACAUAUAUGGUGGCGCGUUUUCCAGUUAAAGGGGGAGAGAAGUUGUCUAAACUGUUUCUGGAAGUGAUGGCGCAAUGCCUGCCACUUACCACAUGUCGCCUAGGUCUGUACUGGGUCCUGAGGCAGUAAAACUCUCUUCUCUCUGCACCAAGAUCAAACGUUGUUUCUCCAUGUGCAUGCACACUUCCAAAGGUGACAGAGGUAGAAAAGAAAUCCUCAAUCAAAUUAAUGAGCCUAUUCUUUUCUCACUUACAGUUGAAGAAAAGCUGUGUAUGUGAAAGGAGAAUCGAGCCCAUCUACUUUACAUGAUAACAAAAUUUCAAGCUGCACUCAUGUCACAGAAGGACAGAAAUCAGAACAAAUCUUGGCCUCUUUAAAGCCAAGCAGCAUAAUGGAGACUGUGGAAAUGAAUGUUGACACUUUCAGUGCAGUUGUAAGGGCUGGGGGAAUCUUGGUUGCCCUAACACUGCUGUGUAUGCAAGUUGGAUGGCAACGUGUCCAGCAACUCAAUCCUAUGGCUGUUUUAAAACAGCAGAAUUACUAAAGAUGUGUCACAGUUCUAAAGUUUGGAAAAGCCCCUUAUAUUUGGUACUUGAACAAUCUCUUUUCUGUUGUUUGAAUGUUUGUUUGUUCUUUUCUUUACACUAACAGAAUGAAAAUCUGAACUGUUAAGUGAGUUUUGUAAGUGUGCUGCACUUUGCAGACAUAAAACAGGUACUUUUUGGUGGGUGGGAGGAAGGGUAAGAGACAGGUUCAAAAUGCAGUUUUAACAGCACUAUGGUGAAGUGGGGUUUUGUUUUCAGCCAUAUUCUAGAAUCCUACAUUCUUUUGUUUUUCUUCCUACCUUAAUGUCAGUUUUUGUUUACAGCAGAGUCAAAAUAUAUUCCUGAAAGAACAAAGACUCAUGCCAAUUUUUGCUUCGAAUGGCAAAUUUAAGUCAGAUGCACAGAGGCUUUAGUAAGUGAGAGAAUGGGUUGAAAAUCCAGGCUCAGCUUCUUGAAGAACUUCUGAUUGUAGUUUGAGCAGGGAACAGACAAUGCGCUUGAACAGGACUCCUGUCUAUUCACAAAAGAUUAGACAUCAAAAUGAUUCUAGUCUCAACUUUUGCAUAGAAAGCCUUGGAAUAAUUGGUUAUACGUUUUAAAAAGUGUGUGUGUGUUUUAAAAAGCAAUUGGGAUAGUGAUGAAAAUCUUAAAGGACUUAACUCAACUACUUUUACAAAGAUCUCCUGUUUGUAUUUGAAGGAACCUUGCAUUGCUGUCCCACUAGUUUCCUUUUGGCACAAUCUGUGCAGGCAAGAGGAGAGAACAAAGCCACACCCGUGCCCCAAAUAAUAGCAGGACAUGUUGGUAACGCAAUAUAGGUAAUUAUUCUGUAUGGCAGGAGUAUGUUUUGACAGUGCUAUAGAAAAGUUUGUCCAAACUUUUGCAAAGCUUACACUCUGUGGCCAAAAAUAUUUUCUGCGGGAGGGGAGGGAAGAAUUUUGAAAGCCCUUUAGAGGCCUUACCAUUUGUUCCACAGGACUGAGAUUGAGGAUUAUCAGUGUGUUUUGUGAGCUGUUCUAGAAGAUGAUGGUGCUUAAAACACUGGUCUUUGGGGCUGGCUCCACAUGUUUAAUACAGCUCUUCUAUUCUUUACUUUUGGCAGUAGACCCACUCCCAUUCUGUGGCUAAUGCAAACGUAGCAUUGGUUUAGAAUUUGACUUAAAAUACUUGGCAUGCAGGCUUCUGCAGCAAAUGAAGUACAUGCGUCUGUUCUAUUUGGUCAACAGAAAUAACGGCUCUCUCUGAUCAAUCACUGAGACGAUGUUUUCAAUUAGGCUUUGAUUUUAAAUUUCCUCUGAUUUUAACAUUUGAUGUUGCUUUUGGAAUAGUGGCUUUAACAAAUGAGAGUGUAUAUUUUUUCUGUAAAUUCACCACCACUCUAUUAAAUGUGCUUGCUGGGUGGUGUAGUGGUCACAGAAUGGGCUUAACUUCAUUUGAAAAAACAAUUGUGUUUAAAAAUGACAUAGCAAUGUCCAGGAACCAAAUUAACCCCCUGGUAUAAAUGUAUUAACCUCAGUGGGGUUACCACCCCAUUUAUGCCAGCAGUGAAAUUAGCCCUGAGGAUAGUCAUUGAAGUAUAAAGUGUGUAGAUUGUUUUGUUGGGUGGGGUUUUUUUGUUGUUUUUCGUUUUUGUGAGUGACUUAUACAUCGUAUAAGAAUACAGUUGACUAAACCUGUUAAUUUUGUAUGUUUGGCAGUUUACAGCACCAUGGGAUUGUAACAGUCUGCAUCAUAUCUGUGUGUGUGUAUAUGUACUGUAUGUAUAUAGCUCUAUGUAAAAUAUAUUCACAUACACAUUUAUAUGCAUUAGCCAUAAGUGGCACUGCCCCUUAAAACUAAAACAAAAUUCACUAUUUGCACGUUUUUACACACAUUUAGACAAAGUUGGGUUUGUUUUCUUCAAAUGAAAGGGGUUUAUCAGGAACAUCUUGACAAUGUGCUUUUGAGAGUCUAGAUUAUGAUUUUUUUUGUAAUUGGAUUGUUUAGAGUUUUUUUUUUUAAUUAUUUACUCUGGGACAAGAGCAUUAAAAUGUGUUCAAAGCAAAGGUUACUUAAAAAAAAAAAAAAAAAAAACUCUCUUGUUUUCCUUCAAGAUGCAGUAAUGUUUGCAUGUUUUAAAUCAAUCUAACCAAACUCCUGUCUAGAACUAAUGUGCAAACGAGGGUAAUCAUGUGUAUCACUUUGUGAAUGCACUGGUUAGAUGAAGGCAAGUCUCCGUGUAAACCAUGAGCGUAUGUUUGGUUUUUAUAGUCAGGACUGGAAUGAUAGCACACACUCCUUUGUAUAACCUUUGUGUUACUGUUGCAUUUUUUUAAUCUGAUUUUUUUUUUUUUCUUCUAAGAGAUACUGCCUCUGUUUAGAACCUGCUUCUCAUGAAGCUGUUGGAGGGUGGGGGUUGUUUUGUUUUGUUUUUUCCUCCAUAUGAAUUCCAGCAUGUAACUUUUUGGUACUCUUGUUGUUAUUUGUGUAAAACCUGUUCUGUCGUUUAUGCUGUAGUUUAAAAAAAAAAAAAAAAAAGGAAUUUGUGUAGUUUAACUUUUAAAAAGAAACAAACUGCUUCAUAUGGAAACCAAUUGUAUGUUAGUGUUUUUGGACAAGUCAUACUGUAGUUUCUAGAUCAGUAAUGCAACAUUGUACUUGUCACCAGAUGUGUUACGAUUUUGCUGUAUUUUUUUUAAUAGAUGGUCGGGCUUUUAAAUCCCAGACACUAAACAUCCUGGGCCUACUUGCUCUAGAUUAAAAAAAAAAUGCAAUAAAAAAAUUGCAAUAAAGCACAUUUACAUGUAAUGUUUUAGAAGGAUGUACUGACAGCUGUUUCUAAUAAAUUCAGAAAUGCAGCCUAGUUGGCAUGUUGUGGUGGUACCUGUGUUUUGUUUCUCCUGGUUGAGGCAGUGAAAAUGGGUUUUGUUUAAGGCUCAGUUAAAGAGUAGAGUUUGUUUAUUGUGUUUUUGGUUGUUGCCAAAAUAGUGCUAGGUCUCCAAAAUCAUGAGCAAUUUAAACUCCAGUUAACACAUACACACGUCAGCACUGCUUCAUUUGGGUGCCUGGAACAAAACCGCUGGCCUGACUUGGCCAGCAAGAGGGCAUUCACUGAAAACGGUGUAAAAGCAAUUGUUCUAGCGAGGCGAUACAAUCCCACAAUAAUUCUACAUUCCUUGAUCAAUUUCACAUGGAUCCUGAGACAAUGGUACUGAGCAAUUUGCUUGAAUUUCAGAUCUCUUCAGAGAGAACUUAAUUUAGGUCAGAGAUGACACAUCGCAAUAGUGCUAGUGUAAAUGAAGUCAGACUCACAGCAUGUUUAUUCUUGAACAUUUCCUUUCUUCAGUUCAGUUUUGGUUCCUUUCCACAGGUCAUGGAGACAUAAGACAUGUUCAUGGGUGCCUGAUAAUUUCUGAAACAUAUCAGUCUAGUGACUCAGCUUUAUUGGGGCUCUAGAAAUGGCAAGAGGCUUGAGCAUCUUAAACCUGAUACCCAAGCUGCCCCCUGAAGAAGCAGUAGCUUGUGAGGGCCUUACUCUCCAAUCACACCAAUUCCGUUCACUUUAAUAUAUAGUGUAAGUGUUGAAAUCAUAAUUGGGCUCUCUGGUUACUCAGUAAGGGCCAGAUCCUGCUGCCACUGAGAUCAAUGCAAGCAGAAUUGGGUCUUUAAAUUUAAUACACCUAUCACAGUAACUUUGCCUGCAAUUGGCAAAGUGAAAUCUCUGGGAGCUGGGUUUACAGUCCAUCGUGAUUACAUCCUAACCUAUCACUGCCACUGCACAGGUGUGUACACUAAUAAUUACACAGUGAGCUUCAAGACACAUGCUCACACUUUGCUGCGUGUGUUCACUUUAGAUGAUUCAGCUAUUCCACAUCCACCUUGUGGUAAAUGGGCCACAGCCUUACACGGAAGGCUUUUAGAACUCCCAUCUUUUUGUUAAUGGAGGUUUUAUUAUAGAUGAGGAAAAUAACUGGCAAGUUGCUAAUGGGGGGAAGGGGGAAUCUGAGUCUGCAUCAAACACUGAGAGAGACAAGGCGGGUGAGGUAAUAUCUUUUAUUGGAUUAGCUAAGUGACAGAAUUAAAAUUACCUGGGGAGGUGGAAAGAACUAACAUUCGUGAUCUUGGUUUGAUUUGAUUUCUCUCUCUCUCUCUCUAAAUAGUAUAUAAGUGGGAUUUACCAAAGCCAAGGGAAACAUUAUGCUGGAUGCUACUGGCAUAAAUCUGGAGUGAUUCCAUUGAUUUCAGUGGUAUUACCCUUGUGUAACUGCAAUCAGAAUGGAGCCCUGUAGCACUGACAGGGAGAGAGUUUAAAUCGAAUACAGCUGUUGACAAGUAUGCCUGGUAUUUGUCUUCACAGUUCUCUCUCAAUAUCUGCUUUUGGCUUGUUGGUAUCAUGCUGCCGUAUUGUUACAAGGUACAGUUGCAUCCAGUCUUUCAAUAGCUUGUAUUGGCUGUGGUUGACCUCCAGCCCGUGGAGGCUGAUCCAUGUACUACAUCACCAUGACUCCAUAAUACUUGUCUGUCUUGCAGAAUUAAAAACAGAGAUUUUCUUGAGGC